AUGGCAGAGCAACAACUGACGGACAUGGUGAAGCUGCGUGGCUACGACUUCUACCGCGCUAUCGGCUCGCCCAAACGCAUUGUGGCACCCAUGGUAGACCAGUCAGAGCUGGCCUUCCGCAUGCUUUGCCGUAAGCUCGGUGCCGACUGCUGCUACACUCCCAUGCUCCAUAGCCGUCUGUUUGCCGAGAGCGCGGAGUACCGCGAGAAGAUGUUCGAGCACCACAUCCAAGACAGGCCACUGGUCGUACAGUUCUGCGGCAAUGACCCGAAGACAGUGUUGGCAGCGGCCAAGAUGGUGGAGGGCCAUUGCGACGCGGUGGACUUGAACUUGGGCUGUCCACAGGGCAUCGCUCGAAAGGGCCACUACGGAUCCUUCUUGAUGCACGACAAGGAAACAGUCAAAGCCACUGUGAAGACACUGAGUGCCGGACUGAACAUCCCGGUUACUGUCAAGAUCCGCGUGUUUCCGGACGACAACGAGACGCUGGAGUUCGCAGACAUGUUGCAGGAGGCUGGAUGUGAUCUGCUGACGGUGCACGGUCGUACAAAAGAAAUGAACAAGACUGCGGUGCGCGAGGUAAACUGGGACAUUAUCCGUCGCAUUAAGGAACGGCUGACGAUCCCAGUGAUUGCGAACGGAGGCAUUGAGACACACGAGGACAUUGCUCGCUGUCUGGAGGCCACGGGCUGUGACGGCGUCAUGAGCUCCGAAGGGCUACUGGAGAACCCGGCGCUGUUCGCUGACACGAACAACACACCAGGCGAAGAUACAUCUUUCCUGGAGCUAGCCAGACAAUACCUCGAAUGCGCGACACUGUACCCACCUGCAAGCGACAAGAUCGUGCGUGCACACUUAUUCAAGAUCCUGUUCCAGGACCUGCGUGUCCACUCGGACUUGCGCGACGCACUAGCAGCCGCCAAGUCGCAACAAGAAAUGGUGGAGAUUGUCGACGAACUGGCCGUGCGAUUGAAGGAAGCGGAAAGCGAAAACGCCGGACCCGAGAUAAAGAAAGUGGCGUAUGCAGCCAAGGCGAGCUGGUACCGUCGCCACCGACAGGGACAGGAGAAGCUCCGACGUCGUGACUCGUACGAGAAAUGCCUUGACACAGGCUUCGGCAAUCUGUUCGCAUAG